CCUGGCGCGGGAGAGUGCGGGCGGCUGGGGAAUGGCUGCUGCCGGGGCGCGGGGGAGCGGCGAACGCGGGGAGCUGGGGGAGCCCGGCCGCCCGGCACUGUACUUCUGCGGGAGCAUCCGCGGCGGACGCGAGGACCGGGCGCUAUAUGAGCGGAUCGUGACUCGGCUGCGGCGAUUUGGGACAGUGCUCACCGAGCACGUGGCGGCCGCCGAGCUGGGCCAGCGUGGGGAAGAGGCUGUUGGGGAUGACAGGCUCAUCCAUGAGCGGGACUUGGCGUGGCUGCAGCAGGCAGACGCGGUUGUGGCAGAAGUGACACAGCCAUCCUUAGGUGUAGGCUAUGAGCUGGGCCGGGCUGUGGCCCUCAACAAGCGGAUCCUGUGCCUGUUCCGCCCGCAGUCUGGUAGAGUGCUUUCGGCCAUGAUCCGGGGAGCAGCAGAUGGCUCUCGGAUCCAGGUGUGGGACUAUGAGGAGGGGGAGGUGGAGGCCCUGCUGGAUCGAUACUUCGAGGCCGAUCCUCCAGGACAGGUGGCUGCCGCCCCUGACCCAACCACUUGACUGAAUCUCACCUGGUCUCAGACACUGCUCUAAUACCAUUCCUUCCUCUCAGCCCCAGGAGCAAAUUAAAAGGUACAGUUAAAAUCCCAA